GACGUGGGUUGGGUCGUUCUCCUCGGUCGCCGCCCGCCAUUCCUUCCGCCGGUAAAGUCGCUCCAAGCACCCUCCAACCGGUCCGAGACGUUCCCUUCCGUGGCCUCCCCUUGCCGCAUCUAUUUAUUCGACCCCGAAGAAAGCAAUGGUCAAACGCAAUGAGUGUCCCAAUUGCCAGUUUUCCCUCGUUGAUGCCGCCACCGGAACAUGCAAAGUGUGCGAUUUCAUCCAAGCCAAGCAGCGUUCUCGACCUUGCUCGUCGUGUUCAAAGACCAAUUGCCAUUACUUUUGCGAUACGUGCGGUACUGGGUACCACCGACGAUGCGCCGAGAAAAACAAAGUACGGGUCACUCCCCUUGACGACGACAAUGAAGUGUCAGUGGUAUGUCCGUCGUGCGAAAAGGACGACAGCGGUGCCGAGGUGAAAUGUGGAGGCUGCCGCAAGGAAUUUUCCAACGAAGAGGCGGGACUACAAGUCGGGCAACUCGUCCUCGUUGAGUUUGACAUGGUACUGUACAACGCUGUCGUGAUAGAAGUGAACGAAGUCGAGACGAGCGUGAAAAUCCACUUUGUCAAAUGGAGCAAGAGCUUCGACGGGUGGUACAAAAUGGACGACGAGCGUGUGAAUGAAAGCCUGGCGUGCGAUGGGUGCAACCGGUGGUUUCACAUUGAUUGUUUGCCCGAGGUGAAGAGCACAGGUCGCUAUAAAGCCGCUUCGUACGUGUGUGAGUCGUGUUUUAAAGAGGCCAAAGCACACCGAACGAAUGGAAAAGCGUCCAAGUCGAAUAUGACCUCUGUCGACCAUCCGAAACCGACCAAAGAUGCGACCUCACGCACUCGGUCAUCGCGAAAAGUCAUCUCUGAAGAUGAAUCGAACUGCGACGACGAAGACGAAAACGGCGACGUUGACGACGAAAGCGCGAUAGUCUUGUCGCCGUCUGCGCUCGUGCAACUUCCCGACUUGCCCAAACGAAAGGUUGGACGGCCGUCGCAUAAACAGCUCGAAGCCGAAAGGCAAGCAUUAGCCAAGCGCAAAGCGCUGCUCAAAACUUUGAAGGAGCCUUCAAGUCCAUUGGCUACGCCCGCGACCGCAGAAACCGACAAGAAGGACAAAAAGGACGAACAAGUGCCUAUUUCAUCGACUGUCGUUGAACUUGCACCGUCAUCGACUAUAGGAAAGAUCGCAAAAUCCCCACGACUGCGUGGCGCUGCCACUUCAAAGACCGCACCUACACCACCCCCUCCAGCGAUGUUGUUGGAGAAACCAACCGCUUCGACACCCCAGACGCGACUACCGUCGUCACCAAAACGAAAAGCCAUGGCUGACCGAAGCACCACUCGACCGACCACGACCACUUCAUCGCCUUCCAAGCGGACGUCGACGGCCAAUUCAUCGCGAAAAUCCAAGCCCUCAUCGAAACCGAAGCGAACACCGAUUGCCGCGCCCGCGAAAUCGCCGUCUCCCAUCGCCACAGACGACGAUAGCGACGGGAGCAACGACUGCAGUGAUCAUAGCAUUAGCAGUGGCGAGUCGGAUCAGGACGAGCUCACUGAAGUGCAGCAGAAGGCAUCACGUCAAGACAAGCAGCCACCCAAUAAGAAAUUGAAGGUUGUGAAAGACGAACCCAGGCAACCCGAAGCAACUUCGACCGCUCCGUUGAUACCUCCCGCGGCGCAGGCAUCUCCCUCGACACACCAACCUGUUCCGCCGACCACAAGUGCCCUCGAAGCUUCUCGGCAAACCCACGUCAACCACAACGCGUACCUGCCGAGGAUGAGUGUGGGGCGCAAGGCCGCUCUUCCGUGUGCGUCGUCGUCCAUCGGCAACUCCAAGCUCAUUCUCCUCUCCACGCUACUCAACUCGCCACGAUACGAUCGAGCCAACCAAGAAAACUACCCGCCGUUGUUCCAUCUCCAAGGCCGCAACAGGCUCGACAUCUUGCAAGACGUGGCAAAUCAAAGCAUCACGUCGACAGUGCCUCCGCCGCCAUCGUCUCCUCCACCGCCACUUCCUCCUGGUCCUGGCCCGCCCGUGUGCGUUGCGCCCGUGACGGCGUCGUCCGAGACCGGACUCGAGCACGACAUGCACUUCUACCUGAGAGAAGAAAUGUACAGGCUCGUGUGCGAGUUGGAAGAAGGUGGGAAAAUGCCUAGAGAUACUGCGACGCUCCUGCGGGCAUGGACACAUCCAUCGGCACCGCGAUUUCAAGACAUGCGGUUUGUCUACUUGGUGAACAAACACAUGAGUCGCGACCAUUUGGCCCAUCGACUUGGCGAGUUGACGAGGAAGCAGACUGCCCAAGUGCCCCACCACCACCCCCAACAGCACCAACCUCCGCCGCCCCUACCUCAGCAGCAGCACCACCCGCCGCCUCUUCCACCGCAGACCCACCACCAACUCCAACCCCCUCCGCCGCCACCAACUCCGCACAACCAUUUCCAGCCAAAGCAACUCAACUGCCUCGCCAACCAUCCAGUGGGCGCCACCCCAACGGCGCCGUUGGACUCGUAUAGCGUCGUGUAAAUUUAACUUAACCAAAUCAGCUCUCGAGUGCAAGGGCGCGUACAUCUCUCUCUCUCACGCCACGCAGGACAAGAGCGAUUGAAUCACUGCGCGCUGCUUUUCCAACGCCGAGACCGUCCUUUUCAAUCCUUC